CAUAUAUACAAUUUCGUUGUCCAAAAUUCAACCGACCUUGAGAAAAAAUUAAUAAAGCAAUUAAAAAACGAGUAGCACAUUUCAACCGUGUCCGGCUUAAAGUACAAUGCCGGGACGCUGGCAACUUCCGUGCUCCUACUUCUGUGUCUCUCUUCAACAGCAUCGUUUUAACUGAAAUACAGAGAAUCACAGUUUUGCAGAUGGCGGCGGAUAUCGAAGCCGACGGGCUGAAGAAACUAGAGUACCUUUCGUUAGUUUCCAAAGUAUGCUCGGAGCUGGAGACGCAUCUAGGGUUUGGCGACAAGGUCCUGGCUGAAUUCAUCACGGAGAUGGGUCGGAAUUGCGAAAACGUGGACGAAUUUGACGCCAAAUUGAAGGAAAACGGAGCCGAGAUGCCGGAUUACUUCGUCCGCACGCUCCUCACGAUCAUUCACGCGAUUCUGCCGCCGAAAGAGAAGUUGAAAUCGGAAAAUGAGUCGAAAGACGGGGCCAAAUCUGCGUUCUCAGCUCUAAAAAUCAAGGACGGAAAGGACAGGGUGAAGGAGCUGGAGAAGGAGAUCGAAGAUGAAGUGAGGAACCAAAGGAGAUUGGAGGAUGACGAGUAUAACAAGUCCAGGGAUAGAGACAGACGAGACCGAAGAAGGGAUCGUGAUAGGGAGAAGGGUGUAGAAAGGGGCAGAUAUGAUGAUAGGGAGGAGAGGGGCAGGCAUGGGGAUAGAGAUGGCUAUGAUAGGGAGAAGGGUGGAGAAAGAGGCAGAUAUGAAGAUAGGGAGGAGAGGGGCAGGCAUGGGGAUAGAGAUGGCUAUGGAAACGAGAAGGGAAGGCGAAGAGAUGGUGAUAGGGACAGGAAUAGAGGUGAAAGGGAUUGGAGGAACGGACACGAGAGGGAAAACCGGUCGGACGAGCCAGAAUUGUACCAAGUUUACAAAGGAAGGGUUUCCCGGGUGAUGGACAAGGGAUGCUUUGUCCAGCUUCAGGAUUUCCGAGGAAAAGAGGGUCUUGUCCACGUGUCCCAGUUGGCGACCCGUAGGAUCUCGAAUGCAAAGGACGUGGUCAAAAGAGAUCAGGAGGUCUACGUGAAGAUCAUCUCUGCCAAUGGGAAUAACCUGAGCCUUUCGAUGAGGGACGUGGACCAGAAUACCGGUAAGGACCUCUUGCCCUUGAGGAAGAGUGACGUGGAUGGUGACCGCGCGGUGGCCAACCCCUCUUCUAGAAACAGCAAUGGCAAAGGAAGCACAGGGAGCAGGAUUGGUCUGUCGGGAAUCCGGAUCACAGACGAGUACGAUACCGGGCCCUCCCGAAGGCCUCUGAAGAAGAUGAGUUCACCCGAGCGGUGGGAGGCUAAGCAGUUGAUUGCUUCUGGCGUGAUGAGCAUGAAGGAGCUGCCAAUGUUCGACGAGGAGGGCGACGGGGUUCUGUACCGGGAGGAAGGUGCGGAGGAGGAGCUCGAGGUCGAGCUGAAUGAGGACGAGCCAGCCUUCCUGCAGGGACAGAGCAGGUACUCCAUGGACAUGUCCCCCGUGAAGAUAUUCAAGAACCCAGAAGGUUCCCUGAGCCGUGCGGCCGCACUUCAGUCAGCCUUGAUAAAGGAGAGGCGGGAAGUUAGAGAACAACAGCAGAGGACAAUGCUAGACUCAAUCCCCAAGGAUCUGAACAGGCCGUGGGAAGAUCCCAUGCCCGAAACUGGCGAGAGGCAUCUCGCUCAGGAACUGAGAGGAGUCGGGCUGUCCGCUUACGACAUGCCUGAGUGGAAGAAAGACGCGUAUGGGAAAGCCCUGACCUUUGGGCAGAGGUCAAAGCUUUCGAUUCAGGAGCAGAGGCAGAGCCUGCCAAUUUACAAGUUGAAGAAGGAGCUGAUUCAGGCUUGCAACGAUAACCAGGUGCUGGUUGUCAUUGGCGAGACCGGGUCAGGAAAGACGACCCAGGUGACUCAGUACCUGGCUGAGGCGGGCUACACGACCAGGGGAAAGAUUGGGUGCACACAACCCCGUAGAACCGCGAUCAAGUACAUGACGGAUGGUAUGCUUCUGAGGGAGAUUCUGGUCGACGAGGAUUUGUCGCAGUACUCGGUGAUAAUGCUGGAUGAGGCACAUGAGAGGACAAUCCACACUGAUGUCCUUUUUGGGCUGCUGAAGCAGCUUGUGAAGAGGAGGCCCGACCUUCAUCUGAUUGUGACAUCAGCGACUCUGGAUGCGGAGAAGUUUUCUGGGUACUUCUUCAACUGCAACAUAUUUACUAUUCCUGGAAGGACUUUCCCUGUGGAGAUACUCUACACCAAGCAGCCGGAGAGCGACUACCUAGAUGCGUCGCUGAUUACUGUUAUGCAGAUCCACUUGACUGAACCCGAAGGUGAUAUACUUCUGUUUUUGACUGGUCAGGAGGAGAUCGAUUAUGCGUGUCAGUGUCUGUACGAGAGGAUGAAGGGUCUAGGUGGAAAUGUGCCGGAGCUGAUUAUUUUACCUGUGUAUAGUGCUCUGCCUAGUGAAAUGCAGUCCAGGAUUUUCGAUCCAGCGCCUCCAGGAAAGAGAAAAGUGGUGGUCGCCACCAAUAUUGCUGAGGCUUCUUUGACUAUAGAUGGCAUAUUCUAUGUUAUUGAUCCGGGUUUUGCAAAACAGAAUGUAUACAAUCCUAAGCUGGGUCUCGACUCGCUCGUGAUAACCCCCAUAUCGCAAGCGUCAGCCAAGCAGAGGGCGGGGAGAGCGGGCCGUACAGGGCCUGGGAAGUGCUACCGACUUUACACAGAAAGUGCAUUUCACAAUGAGAUGUUGCCCACUUCGAUUCCAGAGAUACAGAGGAUUAAUCUCGCGAUGACUACUCUUAAUUUGAAAGCUAUGGGAAUUAAUGAUCUUUUGUCUUUUGACUUUAUGGAUCCUCCUGCAGCCCAGGCCCUCAUUUCUGCUAUGGAGCAGCUGUACAGUUUGGGGGCUCUAGAUGAAGAGGGGCUGCUCACUAAAUUGGGUAGGAAAAUGGCCGAGUUUCCUUUGGAUCCUCCACUGUCCAAAAUGCUUCUUGCCAGCGUGGACCUCGGCUGCAGUGAUGAGAUUUUGACCAUCAUUGCUAUGAUCACUACUGGGAAUAUCUUCUAUCGACCGAGGGAAAAACAGGCUCAGGCAGAUCAGAAGAGGGCAAAGUUUUUCCAGCCGGAAGGCGACCAUUUGACUCUACUUGCUGUGUACGAAGCAUGGAAGGCAAAGAAUUUUUCGGGCCCAUGGUGUUUCGAGAAUUUUGUUCAGUCUCGUUCGUUGAGGAGGGCACAGGAUGUUAGGAAACAACUUCUCUCCAUCAUGGACAAGUACAAACUAGACGUCGUGAGUGCUGGCAAGAACUUUCAGAAGAUCCGCAAAGCCAUAGCUGCUGGCUUCUUUUACCAUGCCGCUAGGAAGGACCCACAAGAAGGCUACAGGACACUUGUCGAAAACCAGGUGGUUUAUAUUCAUCCAAGCAGUGCCUUAUUCCAGAGACAGCCGGAUUGGGUUAUUUACCACGAGCUCGUCAUGACAACUAAGGAAUAUAUGCGUGAGGUGACUGUAAUAGAUCCUAAGUGGCUUGUUGAGCUGGCGCCGAGGUUCUUCAAGGUGUCCGAUCCUACGAAAAUGAGCAAGCGAAAGAGACAGGAGAGAAUUGAGCCGCUCUAUGAUAGAUAUCACGAACCGAAUUCUUGGCGUUUGAGCAAAAGGCGUGCUUGAAAGUCUUCUCCUCUUGCAUGGUAUUUGCUGUGUGCUGGUUUUGUUGCUUUAGGACUUCAUUUUGCUUUUCACUCCAAGUAUGAAAUGUUCUGGUUUCGAAUAUAAUUACUGACACUUCACUUUGUGUACUGAACAAGCUGGUUUUGUGUUGCAGCAAGCCUGCUAGUUUGUUUGAUAAAUUGUGAUAACCAUUUUAUUUAAGAUUCCUGCAUCUAUGCUUUGAAUUGAAAAUUUGUGACAUGGGUGUUGGAAAAAAUUUUGAGGGGAAGAUCAAGAGCAUGUUUGUUUAUAGAAAUUUUUGGGCUUGUUUGGAUUUUUUGGUUCGGUUUGGUUUGGUUAAUUUUGAAAA